AUGGAUACUGCGGYUAAAAUAUACGAGGAGGGGGAAAAGGUGAACAAAGAUGUGGUACAAGUUAAUCCUGCUUGGGUUCUUGAGGAAAGUUUGAAAAGUUUGAGUUCUAAGUUUCCUAUUCUUCCUCGUUCGCAAGGGUCGCUAACCUUCUGCACAACACCUUUGUCGAGCAAGUUGGAGUCCAAGCCCGAAGAUGCUCUAUUUGACUUGGCUGAUACCAACGUGCUACGAUACAAUGUACUACACGACUCUCAUCUCAAAGACUACUUCCAAAACCCAGAAACAAGACGAAGACUAGUUGAGCAGGGUUUCAUCACAGAGGAUGGCUACGUGAUUUGCAAUCUUGUUGAGUUCAAUAACUACAGAAAAUGGAUUCGUAGAUUGAAACUAGAGGAGCUCUACAAACAACGAAGGCAUAUACGCGAAGAGGAAAUCAAUCAAAGGAACACUCAGUUAAUGGCGAAGAAAUUAGAAAGAGAAAAGGAAUGCUCGCAUAUCUUGAGAGAGAGGGAACAAAAAGCGAAAGAAUACAGGAAGAAGAAAAAAGAAAAAAGAGACCUUGAGAGGAAGAMAUACUCGAGGCUUCAAGAAAUUGAAAUGCGUAGACGAGAAAAGAAGAGGAAAGAAAGAAGGGAUCAACUAGAUGAUGUGGAAGAAGAGCGAAAAAGGAGACAAGUGGAAAGACAAGUAGAAAAGAUCAUCCGAGAAGACAAGAAACGAAAAAUCAGACUUCGCAUAGUACGCAAGCGAAAACAAGAAGACACCAGGAGAGAUGCGGCAUUGAAAGAGCGAAGACACCUUGGAAGGUGCCAGAGAGAUAAAGAGGUGUAUAUCAGCCUUAGUUCUUAUGCGAUGGUUUAUGGCAGUGGGAUACCUUGGAAUAUCGCACAAGGCAUUUGUCUUCAUGUUACUCCGCUGGCAGAGUCUCUUAGACGAAAACGACUCCCUAGCAAAGACAUGUUCGUUUUAGAAAGUUUGUCUCACUACCUACAGGAUAUGGAGAGUCGCUAA